UUUAAAUAGCAAUUGCAGCAUUUAAUGAGGCUUUACUUUACGUAGACAAUAUCCGUAACACUUUAUAUCUCGCCAAAAAAAACACAAAUAGGCGAGAAAAAAAUAUUGAUUUACAAAGAAAACGAAUCAAUCAUGGAUACAAUACUGUUUCAAGUACUUUUAUUAAUAUUUGUAACUGAAACUCUAUGUGUAUUUAAUCACAAAGUAGUUUCAGCGUGCAAAAAACACGAAAAGGUUUGUAAAUUCGAAUUUGACGUUCAAUACAAGUUUACUAUGGUUUACACAGAUGACAACGGACUCUCGACCCCUGUUGUAAUUCGAAAUGGGACGAUCAUGAAAAGAAAUUGGUCUAAAAAUGAGGAAAUGGCACUGACUCCGAAAGAACUUGAGCAAACACUGACGGUGGAUGGGGUCUACAAACUUCUCUUCACCAUCAAUGGAGAAUUUCCGGGCCCACCUAUUAUUGUAUAUGAAGGUCAAACGAUAGAGGUCCUGGUGAGGAACCACCUCUCUAACGAGGUUUUCACUAUCCACUGGCACGGCAUGCACCAGAAACAUACGCCUUGGAUGGACGGGGCUUCCAUGAUAUCUCAAUGUCCAAUUGGACCGGGACAGAGAUUUUUGUAUAGAUUUAAGGCUGAACCAGUAGGGACUCACUGGUACCACUCCCACCAGGGGUCAAUGAGGUGGGACGGGCUGGCGGGCCCCCUGAUAGUCCUUCCACGCCAGGAACGGACGGAUCUACCCAGGGUAGAGGACGAUUUCAUCAUUGUUAUACAGGAGUGGAACAGAAACAAAUCUUCACUCGAGAAUCAUGAAAUUCAUGCAUGGAACAUGCAUCUUUAUGCUGACGACUUUAAUUGUACCGGAAGCUGCUACGUUAUGACACAUACCACGGACGGAACCAACAUGGGUGUGGACCCUGUACAUUCCGGACUAAUUAACGGAAAAGGUCACUAUUACCCAGAUGAAACAGAAAAACCUUUAGAUCCUGAACUUCCUCUCGAAACAUUCAAAGUGAAACCAGAUAAGCACUAUAGAUUCCGGAUCAUUAAUGUUGCCAUGUUUGUGUCUUUCCGAUUUUCUAUCGACGAGCACCUAUUGCAUGUCAUUGCAACUGAUGGACAUGACGUCGAGCCGGAAACUGCACAGUCAAUCGUUAUUUCUAGUGGAGAGAGAUAUGAUGUCUUGGUUCAAACCAAGCAACACUCAAUGAAAAACUACUUUAUUCGACUAGGAGACUUGGAAGUCAAAAACAGACAGGAUGACUCUAUAUUCCCCAAGGUAGCCAAGGCCGUUCUUAAAUAUCAGGACGCUCCAGAUGAACUUCCCAAGACACGUCGCCAAAACUGUACCAAAGAGAAUAUGUGUAAAGUCAUAAACUGUCCAAAUAAAUCAUAUCCAGAAGCUGCCAACGUUGAGUGUUUACCUAUUUCUGAUCUACGAUCCACACAGGAAAUCAUCGAUUCCCACCCCGUCCCCGUUUCUUUAAAGGGAGGAACUAUACGAGAGGACUUUCUCAACUUUCAUUUUACGACAUCCACUCCUGAGGUGGAACAUCCCUCGUAUAAGGCGACGAUUAAUGGACAUGCUUUUACCACACCCACAUGUCCCCCUCAGUCAACAUAUAAACAGCAGGCAAACGCAUGUAUCAAUGACUGUAGUCGAUAUGAUUGUACCAAACGACUGUGCAAUUGUACCUUUAUGCUUAACUAUGACAAUAUGCUGAUUGGAUCUGCUGUACAACUCGUCCUUUUGAAUAGAGAUGGCAUCCAUGGGUCCACGGAUCAUCCAAUUCAUAUCCACGGACACAGCUUUCAUGUUUUGAAAAUUGCAUAUCCUGAACUUGAUCGCACAACAGGGUUAGUGACGAACUUUAGCAGAGACAUUGAAUGCAAAACCGAGACCUGUCUAAAACCAAGAUGGAGUAAUGAAGAGUGGGCCGGUGGAAACCUUCCUGACCUAAAUUUGCGUAAUCCCCCACUCAAAGACACGGUGAUGGUGCCAAGGGGAGGCUAUGUAGUGCUUAGAUUUUAUUUGGAUAAUCCGGGAUUUUGGUAUCUACAUUGCCAUAUGGACGCACAUCUUACGGAAGGUAUGGCACUUAUCAUCAAAGAAGGGGAACGAUCUCUUCACCCAAAACCUCCGAAAGGCUUUCCAUCCUGCGGAGAUUUUACAUGGACAAUAAAUGAGUCUCUAGGGGUUACAAAUGACGUUUUAGCAAGUUUGGGAUCGAAACGAAACUCAACCACCAAUGAUGAUAUCAAAAAAAGAAGCAAGACGAAGAUUAAGACGACUUUAGAAACGGCUAUUUUUCUCAUUGUCGUCUUUGGAACAGUUGCUUUAGUGUUAUGUUUAAUCAAAAGUAUUAAAAGUAAACAUGUUAAAGAGAAGAAUGAACUCGAAGAUCCAUAUUGCUUGCUGAGACAGGACAAGGAAUUUAAUUCCAAGCUGUACAAUUCUUUUGAAAUACAUUAGCUCUAUAAUGUUUUUAUAUGAAGAAAAUGCAAUCAUUCUAAAAUUACAUAGUAAACAUAAUAUAUAUAUAUAUAUAUAUAUAUAUAUAUAUAUAUCUAUAUAUAUCUAUAUAUAUCUAUAUAUAUCUAUAUAUAUCUACUUUUAUCGACACUACCACCUUCUCUCUAUAAUACAAAUUAUAAAAGAAUAGGAUAAUAAAGAUAUUUAAUU